AUGACAAAUAUUUUAGACGUAAUCCCAUUCCCCAUCUUCAGACUGAAGCAAACAACUUCGGCACAAAUAUACCAACCAAUUGUACGCGCUAUUUCAGCACAGUUUGGGACAAUCAGUCAAAAUAUCACAAACACUGUCGGAGCAAUGCAAAAGUCUCGAGACCAACUUGUCACGACAACCAACGCGGACUUGGUUAUUAAAUCAAGUAUUGAGUAUUACAAUAACCUCCACAACUUGAGCCAAAGAGUCGCGCUGUCCUCUAUCAAUGUUCAAUUUUCUUGGACAGACACUGUUAAAAAGGAACAAACUUCAUGCUACCUCUUCUGCUUUGAAACGGCGAAUGUAUUGUAUAACGUCGGCGUUGCGCACAUGAUUCUUGCACGUCAGAAUUUUCGCACUGACCUCAAAGAUGCGAUAGAACAUAUAAAGAAUGCAGCUUUCUGUUUUAGUGAAGCGUCCAAUGCAGUUGUGGGUAAUGAAAGAGUCGUGAAUUGUUUGGAUAUCAUGCCGGAAGCAACCAAAGCCUUGUCGUCAUUUUGUAUGCUCGCAGUGCAGUACAUGUAUUACCAAAAAGCAAUUUUAGAAAGUCGAUCAGAGACGAUUCAAAUGAAGUUGGCGUCUGGUGUCUACAAGGUAGCUGUUGUUAUGAAAGACACAACUAAAGCUGCCAAACAGUGUAUACCCCACCAUAUAUAUGCUUCUUCCAUGGCGUUUGAAAAGUUGUGUGUUGCUGAUGUUCAGCGACACAUUGCUGCAGUUGACGCAAAAGAAAAUUUAAAGUAUGGGGAGCAGAUAUCACGAAUGAUGUGGGCCAUUGAUAAUAUAGACGCCGCAUCAAGAACUAAAGACCUUCCAAAGGAAUUCAAAGGUACUUUUGACACUGUUUUAAAGACCUUUAAGGCUGAGUUGACCCAAAUGCAAAAGGACAAUGACGAGGUGUAUAUGCAGAACAUCCCAGAAGCAGCGUCGUUGGAAUACCCAGAAGCAACUGUUCUUGCGAAAGAACAAGCUUUCCAAUUUGAAGGAGAAAACCCUUUCAAAGAGUUAUUGCCAUUAAAGAUUCGAGCUGCUUACAAUCAAUAUAUGGCCAAAGCGAAAAAGGUGAUUGACGAUACUAAACUUACUACACCAGCGUCUACUAAAGCGGGUGAAGACUAUCUUGAAAGAAUCAAGUUGAAAGAAGUCAUUGAAAUUGUGAAGAACCCCCAACGAAUACCAUCAGACGUCGAGAAGUUUGCCACUGAAUUUGGGAACUUGAAACAGUUCGACAAAUUGCAAGAAAGUAUGGAAAUGAUGAAUAAAUCGACUCAGAAAAACGACGACUUGAUUGCGGAAAUUAAACACCGACUUGAUGAAGAGGCUUUGAAGGAUAAUGAUGGUAUUGUGAAGUACAGAAAUUAUUGGACAAUCAAUCUUGCUUCCAAUCAACACUCUUUGAUUGCGAAAAUCAGAGAAGUCGACAACUUGGUUUCACAGUCUAAAAGAAGUGAUGUGGAGACGUCAAGUAAAAUGAAACUGAAUGCAGAUAUUCUCAACAUUAUUCAAAGAGGAAAGGAAGGUGUUGCUCAGUUCUUCCCAACUAAAGAAGAAACAGAAAGAGCAAUGCCCAUAAUUGUUAGAAUGGAAGAACUGAAAGGGGAGUGGGAACAACUCAUCAUUGAUCGAAACGACUUGUUACAAACAUUGUUAUGUGGUGCUGAGGCUCAAGAAAGCAAUUUAAUUGACGAGUUGAAUAAGACCUCCAACCAAGAAGGCGUUGUUAACAAUUACAGCGAACAACUCAAAACACUUGUCGCUCAAAUGCAAAAGUCAUUUGAUUUACAAACAGAAUUACUUGGUAAAAUCACUUCAGAACACGCAGAAUUGCAACUUGUGUUGGGUGAAAAAGUAGUCGAACUUAAUGUCAACAUUGACAAGAUUCACAGUGCUAUGAAAGCGGCUGGAGAAAUAAGAGACGAAGUCUCGUCAUCUAUUUCCAAUCACUCUUUUGUCCUUCAAAAGUUGAUUGAGUUAAAACAAGAAGUGUUCACAUUCUGUGAAAGACACGCGUUUGACGUCGACGAUUUACUUAAGAAGCUCCAAUCGGCAAAUGUACAACCUCAACAACCAAACGUACCUACAAAACAAUUGCCACCACUUCCACCUAAACAACCUGCUGUUCAACCACAAUAUCAACAACCACAAUACCCUCCACAACAAUACCCUCAAUAUUCCCAACCCCAACAACGACAACAACAACCUUAUCAACAACCAAUGACCGCUUCAAGUUAUCAACAGUGCCCCCAGAGAAACUACGCCUCUCAACCACAACAACAACAAUUCACUCAAUCACAAAGACAAUACCCACAACAACAGGUUUAUGGGCAGCAACAAUAUGCACAACAACAGUAUACACAACAAUCCCAAUUUAUUCAAUCACAGUACCAACAAAGACCAACUCAAUAUCAACAGCCUUAUGCACAAUACAAACAACCACAACAACCCCAACAACAAAUGCAACAGUCGUAUAACCCUUAUGUGAAGUCAACUCAACAAGGUGGUAGUCAGCAAUACCCAAUGUCACCAUAUGGAACAAGUCAACAACAACAGUUUGCACAACAAAUGCAACAACAAAAGCAGCAAGGCAAGCCCGCGUAUGCAAAUCCAUAUGUAAACCCAUACAAAUAA